AGCGCUGCAUCCACGAUGCUAUGACAAGAGCGCACGUGUAUUUCCCAGUUAGUCGUGAGGUAGCACGUCGCUGCUAUGAUUUACACCUACUGACUAUCCGGGGAAACUAGUAUUCACGUUCGGGAUCUAUUCAAUGUGCGAGUCGCUGGUAUCAAUUACUGAUGGGAUUUUGUAAUCGAGAACAAUAUUUUAAAAUAGUCCAUGCUUUCAAAUUAAGUUAGUGUGGUACGAAAUUUUGAGGUAGAAAUAUAUAUCUAUUUAUGCAUGUUCAUACUAAACACGGAUUUAUUGAAAAUAACAAUAAGUGGAUAGGAAUCUGUGCACAAAACGAUUAGCAAUUCACUUGAUUUAGAUAUAUUAACAAACUUCACUAACUCUUGAAUUUUUUAAAUAUGCAAAGCUAUAUGUUUAGCGCCUUCAUCCGUGUAUAAAUCAUUGUAACUUAUCGUUCAACAUAACUGGAGUAAUGAGUGCCAAUAGUUCGAUUGUGUCCGGAAAUGGGACGAAUGCGUCGGAAAUGUUCAACGAAGAGACGUACUUGGCCGAGCGAUUAGGGGACAGACAUGCCCCGUUAUCGUCUCUCGUCAUACUUUUCGUCGUGUAUGGCGGAAUAUUAAUAACAGGGACCGUGGGAAAUAUAUGUACGUGCAUUGUCAUUGCACGGAACAGGACCAUGCACACUGCCACCAAUUAUUACCUGUUUAGUCUGGCUGUGUCGGAUCUCAUAACUCUGCUUCUCGCUUUGCCGCCAGAACUCUAUGGAUUCUGGGAAGCGUAUCCAUGGAGAUUCGAUAUUGGAUUCUGCAUCAUGAAAUCGUUUAUAUCGGAAAUGACGUCAUAUGCUUCAGUGUUGACCAUCACCGCCUUUACCAUAGAACGCUUCGCCGCCAUCUGUCACCCAAUGAGAUUCCAAACUUUGUCUAGCCUCCCACGUGCUAUGAAGGUCAUAUUUGUGAUCUGGAUUAUUGCAAGUGUUAUAGCCCUGCCUUACCCCCUCCAUACGCGCACGUUCUAUGUCGCAUUUGACCCUGUGACGUCAGAACCUAUUCAGGACUCUCUGGUGUGUAAUAUUCCGUACAAAUGGCAUAAACGGAUGACAUAUAUGUUCCAAGUAUCGACAUUUGUGUUUUUUGUGCUACCUAUGAUAAUUAUAAUUGUGAUGUAUGUGAGAAUCGGAAUUACACUUAACAAAACGGAUAGUUUAGUUGGGGACCAGAAGAAAAAACCAAAAGUGUCGAACUGGGUGUCAAAAAAGGGCGGAAGUCAAGUGAAAAACGGCAAUAGUCUACAGGUGCCUUUCAACGUCACCAAAGCUAGAAAAGCAGUGCUCAAGAUGCUAUUCGCUGUUGUGAUAGCGUUUUUCGCCUGUUGGGCGCCUUUCCACUCCCAGAGAUUGAUGACUAUAUAUGUCAAGCAGCACCAGUGGACAAAAGAACUAUACACAGUCCAGGACUACCUGUUCUACAUCUCAGGUGCCUUGUACUUCUUCAAUUCUACAAUCAACCCAAUCUUGUACAAUUUGAUGUCUAAAAAAUACCAACAAGCUUUCAAGCGGACUUUGUGUAACUGUACCAGAAUGAAGGAGUACGAUAUCAACACUAGUUUCCAGGGUUCUAACAGCCCGAACAGGGAACGAACACAGCACAUUCACUACUGUAGGAUAUCGAAAAUGGAUAAAUCACACGCACACGGACCGGUGUCGGCCGCAGUAGAUGCUUCUUUGUGAUCACUGCGCAAGCGCAAUGACGUCAAUGUUGUCAUGCUGAUUACUGCGUCAGAAAUAGUUGAUAUUAUGUAUAUUAUAGUAUUAUACUCUAUUGGUUCAUACAGAUUUAUUCUAAGAUUAUUUAAUGUGAUUUAUGACAUGUAUGUAGUAAAUAUCCCAGGUGUGUAACAUACGGUUCGAUAUAUCACAAGUAUACUAGUAGUAAAUACCCCAGGUGUGUAACAUACGGUUCGUUUUAUCACAAGUAGUAAAUACCCCAGGUGUGUAACAUACGGUUCGUUAAAAAUCCCGAAAUGGUUAGUACCUACUUAAGAAAUCACGUUAAUAAUCGUGAUAAGUUAAACAAAUUUGUAAGAUCUCAUGUAAAUUCUCGGAGUUGAGACGUCAUUUACUAUGACAACUCAAUAAAAGAAAUGCACAUAAAGGCCGCUGUCGAAAAAAUGAUUAACAAUAUAAUAGUAUAUGUUCUGUCCGCCAUUUUCAGUUUGCUUUGAGACCGGUUUCAUUGACCUUUGUUAGCGAAAUCACUUGUAAAAAGGAUUUUUUUCAAUUGAAUAUUUCCGAAUACGGUAACACGAGUAAGAGCAUUUUGUUUAAGUUCCUUUUUAGCUCACCUUGGGACGCCUUCUUCUCUGGAACUAAGAGAUGGAUAUCAACCACAUUUGACUGGAA